AGGCCGGCUAUCAGUAAUCAUCGAGAGUCGCACCCGUUUGGACACGGACUUACUUUUCUGGCUUAAAAGGUUUUGCUAGUGCGCAGUAGUGCUUAAGUUUGCAGUAAAGUUCAACGCCAAAAUGAUCAAGAACGUGGACAAGGUUCAGCUGCUGAGGCAGUUCAACAAGCUGCUGGUGGCGUCCAAAGCUGGGGCUGGAGCCCGCGGACGUCCCGUGGCAGCGGUGCUGGUCCAGAAGCGACCAUCUUCUUCGUUUGUCAACCAAAAUGCCAAGAUGUCCUCGACGGUGACCGCGACCAAAACCGCCGACCUGGGAGACCGCCCAGGAGCCGCUUCCCAAGCCGUGUUCGACCGGGAGGACAAGUUCGGGGCGCACAACUACCACCCAUUGCCGGUGGCGCUUGCCCGUGCCAAGGGCGUGUACGUGUGGGACGUCGAGGGCAAGCGGUACUACGACUUCCUGAGUGCGUACUCGGCGGUAAACCAGGGCCACUGCCAUCCGAAGAUCAUCAAGGCCAUGACCGAGCAGGUUGAGGUGCUGGCGCUGACCUCGCGGGCGUUCUACUCGAACGUGCUGGGCGAGUACGAGGAGUACAUUACGAAGCUGUUCGGGUACGACAAGGUUCUGCCGAUGAACACCGGAGUCGAGGGAGGGGAAACGGCGUGCAAGCUGGCCCGCAAGUGGGGCUACAAGGUGAAGAAGGUGCCGGAGAACAAGGCGAAGAUCGUGUUCGCCGAGGGCAACUUCUGGGGUCGUACGCUGGCGGCGGUUUCGUCCUCGAACGAUCCGUCAAGUUAUGAAGGUUUUGGACCGUUCAUGCCUGGGUUCGAGCUGGUUCCGUACAAUGACACAGCUGCGCUGGAGAAGGCCCUGCAGGAUCCGAACGUGUGCGCCUUCAUGGUGGAACCGAUCCAGGGUGAAGCCGGAGUGGUCGUCCCGGACGAGGGAUACCUGACCAAGGUCCGCGAGCUGUGCACCAAGUACAAUGUCCUGUUCAUCGCCGACGAAGUCCAGACCGGACUCGCACGAACCGGUCGCAUGUUGGCCGUUGACUACGAAGACGUCAAGCCGGACAUCCUCAUCCUGGGAAAGGCCCUCUCCGGUGGAAUCUACCCCGUGUCAGCCGUCCUAGCCAACGACCCCGUCAUGCUGUGCAUCAAGCCCGGUGAGCAUGGUUCGACCUACGGCGGAAAUCCGCUCGGCUGCAAGGUGGCCAUGGCCGCUCUGCAGGUUCUCAUCGACGAGAAGCUCGCCGAAAAUGCCGACCGCAUGGGACGCAAGCUGCGUGAAUCUCUGGCCGAGCUGCCCAAGGAUGUCGUGUCGGUUGUUCGAGGAAAAGGUCUCCUAAACGCGAUCGUGAUCAACUCCAAGUUUGACGCGUGGGAAGUGUGCCUUCGGUUGAAGGAGAAUGGACUGAUUGCCAAGCCGACUCAUGGGGAUAUCAUUCGGUUCGCGCCGCCGUUGACGAUCACCGAGGAGCAGAUGGAUGAUUGCUUGCGGAUCAUUAAGGAUACGGUGAUGGCGUUUGCCAAGGGACUGUGAAACGUUUGAAGAUGGGAAGGAAGGAGGAAGAAGUAUUAGAAGUAAGUGCAUUUUAUUUUAGAAGAUUUUGAAUUUUAGAUUUACGUUUUAUUUUUUUCCAAUACAUGGUAUUUUACAAGUUUUAUCUAAAUAAUAAUAA